CACUUCUCAAACAAGUGUCGGUUCGAAGUCUUCCAACCUUCAGUUCACGGAGGUUUUCUGAACUGGAAGGGAGUCUCGCUUCUCACUUCCAGCUCACGAUUUUUUUCCCAGGCUCCUCGUUGCUAGUGCCAUGGCGCAGGCUACCGUGCUCUUGACCCUCCUGCUUGUCCUCGUCUGGCAAGGUGGUGGUGGUGGGCGGAUGGAAGAAGGCGAGUCCGUGGCAGUACAACGUCAUCAACUGGAAGCAAAAAAUCGUCCGCGCUGGAGACGUCCUCGUGUUCCGGUGGAGGUUCCUUCCCCAUGACGUGUGGAUCAUGAACACCAAGGAUGCCUACACCAACUGCGACUUCUCCGCUGCCACCAAGAAGACCGGCAUCACUGUGGUUGGCACGUACAGGUACAAAGUGCCAACUUCAGCAGCAGGAACUACGAUGUACUUUGGCUGUAGUGUACCAGGCCAUUGCACUACAGGGAAGAUGAAAGUUGCUAUUAAAAUCAGUGCUUAACUGAAUACGUCUCCUUGCUCGCAUCACAGCCUAGCAGUGCGAGUGUCUGCUGAUGUUCGCAGCACGAUGCUAGUCAUGAUGCUAGAAUGCUAGAUAUGCUAGUUUGUAGUCAAACUCUUCAAAAAGUCUCAUCUUGAAGGUGUUUCAAAACAUGUACCGUAUCAUAUUUCUAUUUUAACCCGUCGUAACAGGAUGACUGAUUCCGCUACCAGGUCAAGCCCCCCAGCAACACCUACCAUAGGCAGAAUGUCGGCGACAUAGAACAAGGCCAGACUGGGGCAUUCUGCCGUCUUUACAGCCAUGCGGCAUGCAUGCUGGCCCCCACAGCCACGCCUUUCUCGGCGCUAGCGGGCUCCCGCGAUUCGCGGUGCUGCUGGACGGCGCGGGCGAGCUGCUCAUGCCGGAAAGAGGUCGCAGCCAGCCUGCCACGUGUCAUGCAUACGGUUCCAUGGCGGCUUCUGGGCCAGCACCAGCCUGCCUUGGACUCCCCCUAAUAAGCCCUCGCCGUCCACGCGGCCAGACCUCCACGAGAUACCGCGUCUGCUUCUUGAGCGCGGAUUUGAGCGCGGCCCCCGAGUGUUUGGGACGCACUCCGCACCGUGACACGAGUAGUACCGUGACGCAAGCCGCACCGUGACGCAAGCCGCGGCGUACUGUGCUACAAGCAACGCAGCGGCUCUCCAAGAGGCUUUGAGCCAUGGCUGGUGCCGACAAGAGGCGUCGAUGUCCGCUGGACGCGGCAUGUGUGCUUGCGACCGACAGAUGGACCGACCCCAGACCCCAGGCGUCCGCACCGCCACCGUCGACCGACCCUCCUUCCCCAGACCCCAGGGUUCAAACCAGCAGUUGCCGGCUAUCCGCAGCGAGGUGACUCUUGAGUCGAUUCAGAAGCCAGAGCUAGUAUCUGCGUCAGUGCGCUACUGGUGAGUGCGCCGCGGCUAUUUGAGUCGCUUUGCUGCGCGCUUUCUUCUACACAAGCUCGCGCGCUUACCUUAAGAGAUCUUUCAAGUUCCUCAGUCGUUGGCGUUGACGUUCCGCUGAAGCAUUCACCCGCUCGUAGCCACACACUAGUACCGCGGAGGUCUCAAACUCUCGCUUACCUCUCACCGACUGCGACUCGGACUCGGACUCGCCAAAAACUCUUGGUUUGGUUGCGGCCAGUAGCGCUGCGCGUCCCGUCUUGCGUUUACCACGACUGCCAGUGGCCGCCAUGGCGAGGCUCAAUCCGCUCCACGCGCUGGCGCUGCUCGCGCUGCUGUUCGUCGCUGGCGCGCACGCCAGGACAGUCACGGUGGGCAAGGGCUGGUUCAGCCCGUGGUCUUACGGCGUCGCUUCCUGGAAGCCUCCCACCGUGAAGACAGGGGACGUUCUUUUGUUCCGCUGGCGCUUUGCCGCGCAUGAUGUGUGGCGCCUCAAGGACCUGCCUGCGUACAACAACUGCACCUUUGUGGGCGGCAAGAAGCUCACUGCCAUCCGCACGUCCUACAGCUAUAGGUUCAAGGUGCCUCUGUCAGCAGCGGGCAGAACGCUAUUUUUCGCCUGCAGCGUGCCGUCGCACUGCAGUGUGUUCCGAAUGAAGACCAAGAUCUCCAUCUCGCUCUAAAGUGUCUUUCCAGACGCCUUAGGAGUCGUCUGCAGCUCUCUUUGCAGCGCGUUCAGAAUGAAGAGCCAGAUCCAGGUCUCGCUCUAAAGUGCCUUGACAGGCGCCUCAGGAGUCGCCUGCAGUGGGCCAGUGCGGCGUUGAUGAAGACCCCAAAAUCACCGUCUCGCCCUAGAAGACUGCACCCCGUCACAGAACCUGCACUGUCUCCUCCUGGCGCCUGCAGUGUUUCCUCGGCUGCAGAGUGCCAUGCCGUCCCACUGCAGCACAGUCAGAAUAAAGGCCAAGUUUCCAUCUUGCCCUGCACUCACUCUAUGCAACUCCUUUCGCUCCUUUUGCUUUUACCCGUGUCGCUACGUUCCUUUGUAUGGCUCCUUGGCCUUCCUCUCUCCACUCCACUCCUCCGCGGCCUUUGAAGGCUGAGCAGUGAGCACCGUUCGUGUGGGCCUGGUUUACCACGAUCCACGGCCUCACACUUGGCUUUCUCCCUAUCUGUUGACAUCUUACUUCAUUUCCCAGAUCGUUUGCCCCUUCACUUCUGAGCAGUUGGAUGGCAUCUUUCUAAAAUGUAGUGCUAGCCUCUUGCUGUACAAACCUGCAAACACAUGUAAUACUGUAUACCCCUUUACUGC